UAGAUGUCUAGGUCUAAUUCUGGCCUCCUAAUCCUGGUCCCAACCACCUUCCCCCUCUUCCUGUUGCAGUCAGCGGCUCUAAGAAGCAACUGACGCCCAGGUAGAUGUUACCACUUUGACCUAUACGACUUUAUUGAGACAGGAAAGAGUAAAAGGUGGCGUUUUGCUCGUCUCUUUUCUUUUUGACCUGGAACGAUACGCCACCUGUGUGAGUUUCAGUGGAGAAUGUAGCUGCAGCCAUCUUUCCAGGCCACCGGACACACACCAAGAUGGGAGAGGCUCAAAAGGGCUUGCUCUCUGUCAUAGAGAAGCUGAAGGGGUCCACAGAGCAGGAGGUCAGGAUAGUUCUUCUGGGUCUGGACAAUGCCGGAAAGACCACGCUGUUAAAAAGCCUCGCCUCUGAAGACGUGAACACUAUCACCCCAACGCAGGGCUUCAACAUAAAGAGCGUCGCUUCUCACGGCAUGAAACUUAAUGUCUGGGACAUCGGAGGACAGAGGAAGAUCAGGCCCUUCUGGAGAAAGUACCUGGAAAACACAGACCUCUUAAUUUAUGUUAUUGACAGUGCGGACAAGAAGCGCUUUGAGGAGACGGGACUGGAGCUGUCCGAGCUGAUCGAUGAGGAGAACCUUAAGGGCGUUCCGGUUCUGGUUUUUGCUAAUAAGCAGGAUCUGGCCACAGCGUCGCCGGCCAGCGAGAUCGCCGAGGGACUCAACCUGCACACGUACCGAGACCGCCAGUGGCAGAUCCAGGCCUGCUCGGCUGUGUCUGGGGAGGGAGUUCAGGAUGGCAUGAACUGGAUUUGCAACAAUAUCGUGAACAAGAAGAAGUGAAAUAAGAUGAACCGAACCGAGAACCAGCUUCAUAAAACGGGACAAAAGAAAAAUCUUUCACUUCAUUCAACCAAAACAGAAACAGCUCACCUCAUAGAUCUAAAAAUUAUCUUCUUUUUACAUUUGGUGUCAUUUUUAUGAAUAUUUUGCAAAUGUAGCCAUCUAUAUGAACAAUUCGCUUCAGAGCUAGAGAAUGAUUCAGUUUAAUUUUAUUGUUUUAUCUUUUAAAAAGACGAGUGUUUGUGUUUCCUUUAUUCCAAGGAUCUGUAUGCUUCCUGAA